CCCACAUCAAGCUGGUGGGUAGGAGAUGAAGACAUCGUCAAUCCGACUGUAAAUAUGAUUGCCAAAGAAUUCCAGGCUUAGAACCGAUUUCGCUCGGUUUGUUCCAUUUCUCACUCACCAAAAUCAGGUUUCCCCUGAGUCCUGACCCCGCCUGCAGGCCAUGGAUUUCUGCGGCGUUGCACAUGCACCACCACCCAAACGGCGACGACUUGACAUCGUCACCCACCUGGCAUCGAAGCAUCCAUUCGACCUUCCGCGCAAUGGAGCGACGACGGCGACAGCAUAUGAUGCUGGUAACGUACAGUUAUGGAACAAGUCUGGCAGCACUGCGGAUGGAGGGAGCCACUCAGAUAGCGGCGGGGCGAUUCCGGGAUUUGAGCUUCCGGAAUGCUGUUACGGAAUGGUUCGCUCCCCUAGACGCUCACCUUCACAUGGAUCUAAUUGUAGACCACGCAGUUGUCGGACAUACCAUUGAAAUUGCUAUCGCAUGUUCCCCAGAGCUUCAGGAAUAUAGCGGUGGACUUCCGCUCCCCCAAUUCUCUCCAUUCGAGAUCCGAAUAUGCUUCAACGCCUGAGACCGCAUCCUUCGAGAUACAAUGUUCACGAUCGGCUCAUAUAUUAGGGGAUAUAAAAGCCGUUCCCGACCUUGACCUACAGCUCUACUGCCAUUCGAGACUUGAAAGCUCCAUACAGAACGGUGCUUCACAUACGAGUAAAAGCCGCGGAAAGCAAAUCCGGUCUUGGUUUUUGAAUGCAAUUCUUUUUGGUAGAGAAGAUCUAGAGGACAAGGUGGGGGAUUAUCUGGCCAAGCAUAAGCAAUAUCUUCAAGAUCCACGUGGCUGUGAAAAAUGUGUUCCGUACCGGAAUCCUCAUGUUAUGCCACCUGAACAUGGAGAGAUUGUGAUGUCGGAUUCGUUUGAUAAAGUAUGUGGAGAAGUAGAUACGCAGAUAGAACGACUGGACAUAGGACCAGAUUUGCUCGCUCAAUUGAUGGAUGAGGGGACUCCUCUUCAUGAAACACAGCCAUCGGAUAUUAUUAAAACACCAUUAUUUCCGUGAAUUUCCCUUUUCACUCUUCACUUCAUAUUUCGCUAAUGACUGAAUUAGCCAUCAAACACAGGCUUUAACUUUCAUGAUUCAACGAGAAGAAGGGUGGGCUCUGGAUAGCACUCAUGAUAUAUGGUCCAGGAAAACAGACUACAUAGGACGCUCAAGGCAAGUUUCAUCAGAACCCAUUUGCCCUCUUUUGCUGACCAGGCAAGCUAUAUCAAGAAUGUCAACGGAUAUUGCUCAGCCAAAGCCCCUCCAGACUUCCGGGGCGGUUUACUGGCAGAUGACAUGGGACUGGGAAAGACUUUGUCGAUGAUUGCUUUAAUCGCAUCCACCAAGAAGUCCUCGACACUAUCUUCCAAUACAGAACCGUCGCAUCAAAUACCUGGGCCCACGACUGCGACCCUACUCGUCGUUCCUCCAGCACGUUAGUAUCUUGUGCACCCCAAUGACAGUUAUCUAACAUCAUGAUAGUACUCCAGGUUUGGGAGAAGCAAUUUGGUUUGUAUGUUCAAGGCCAGACAAGUUGUAAUUAAUAUUUUCAAUGGUCUUGAAACUAACAUUUAUCAGGCAUGUGUUCCCCAAUAAGCUCAACUGCCAUAUCUAUCAUGGCCAAAACAAAAAGGAAGCUGAUCACUUUGCCGGAUACGAUGUUGUCAUUACCACGUACCAUACACUUUCUGCGAUUUCGAGAAAGCGUACACGUGAUGAUGGACAUGAUAACCCAAUAUUCGCAUCGAGAUGGUACCGAGUUGUUUUGGACGAAGGUAAAGAAGGCCCUCCUGCUCUCUUUAACGGACCACUGAUUUGGGUAGCCCAUACAAUCCAAAAUCCUCGAAGCCAGUUGAGUCAAGUAUGCUUUGCUCUCCACUCGAAACGGCGAUGGGCUAUUACUGGAACGCCAAUUCAAAACAAGCUUGCAGACUUUGCGAGCAUUGUCAAAUUUCUACAAGUACAUCCUUACUCUAAUUCAAGCACAUUCGAAGAAGAAAUAUUCCGGCCUUGGCAGAAUGAUCAAGGGACAAGCGCAGAAGGUUUUCUAAGAUUGAAGACUUUAGUACGCGCCAUCACCAUUAGUCGUACCAAAGCUGUCGUUAGUCUCCCAAACCGGGUUGAUGAGGUUCAUCAUCUGGAUUUUACCGCAGCUGAACGGGAGAAUUACGAUGCAGCCAAGGCACAAUCACGAAAGCUACUUGAUGAAGCCAUCUCUUCAAAAAAGGAAGGCACCAAAACUUUUAAUGCCUUAUCGCUUUUGAACAAUUUGCGGCUAAUUUGCAACCAUGGCUUACUUGCAAAGUGUACCGCAAAAAAGACAACGGGUCGUACAUCUCAAAAUCCCAAUGCCAAUUUGGAAAAUCUAUUCGGCGGCGGAAAGACAUGUUCAAUAUGCGAAGCGGACCUAUUCGAGGACUUUCUGGAGGAGUCUUCAAUCACGACAAUUGAUGGAAAACAUCAAGGUGACUGUUGGGAGCCCGUGAUAUGCGAAAAAUGUAAAUCACAAAAGAUCUUCAGUGGAAUGCCGCAAAUGUUACGAGAUGGCAGCGAGUCACUGGGAAGCGGCAGCUGUUCAAGUCCCGCUACACCCACAGGAGAAGAUCCCACAGUUUCUACGGAGUAUACCCCACGAAGAUCAAGGCUCUCGCAACAGAGUUGGCUACACAUACCGAAAAUGAGAAGUGGUUCGUUCCUUCCCUGUAUUGUAACAAAGCCCAAAACUUACGUAUGAUACAGAGUUGUAUUCUCCUACUGGACCAGCACACUCGAUUUAGUUCAGUUGAUGUUGAAAGAUCUUGGGAUUCCAUAUAUAAGAAUAGAUGGAAACACGUCCCUCCUGAGAAGAAAGGCCGCUAUGCGGGAAUUUCAGCGUGAAAACACUACUCGGGUGAUUCUCGUCUCCAUCACGUGCGGUGGUGCUGGGUAAAUUUCAAUGUAGAGCACCAACAAAGGAAUAAUCUACUGAUUACGUGAUAGAUUGGACCUCACAGCUGGCUCUAGAGCAUACCUUCUCGAGCCUCAUUGGAAUCCCAUGAUUGAGGAACAAGCCCUUUGUCGUGUUCACCGAGUUGGUCAGAAGCGAAAUGUUACAACCGUCCGAUUUUUGAUACGCGAUUCCUUUGAAGAGGUGAGCGCCGCUCUUUCAUGUUGUCCCACUAGUGGCGUAGGGAUUCGCGACCGGGAUACAUUAGGAUAAUGAACUUCCUUCCGGAAAGAUUCCCUCACCCUUUUGAGGGAAUAAAGUUCACUGGGUUGUGAUUAUUCGAGCCCGUUGAGAUGACUGAAUUUAUUCUCUGAGUCUAUCUCACGAAUUAGACGGAGAGAUGAAGAAUUUUAUCUCGGCUCCAUUCAAAUUCCCGCCCCCCUUGAUAAUCUCACUAAAGAUUUGGCCAUAGACCAACUAACCUCCUUGUCCCCCCCUCUCUUUCUGUCUAUAAAUUCUAAUAUCUAAAUCCCACUGACUAAUAAACAGCAAAUCGUCGAAUUACAAAAACGAAAGAGAAUGCUCGCUCAAGUGACAUUUUCUCAAGGUCCUCUAUCGGAGGAAGGGGGUAUAGGGAUUGGAACUCUGCAAGUACGCUACCUUUCAACGCUAAAUAUAAAGGAAUUACUUACUGACUUUCGCCUUAGUAUUUGAAACAAGUUUUAGAAUGAGGCCAGGUACUUAUAAUUAGAAAAUCAGGUAUGGAAGCUGUACGUGGAGAAUUUGGCUAGUGAUCUGUGUGUAAUUGGUUAUUGUAGUAGAGGUUAUUGGAUUGUUGUCUUGAGUAAUCACAACCAGUAGCAAAGUCUGUGGGCAAAGCUCAACUGACAGAGGUAGGUAGUUACUCCUUCGAUGACAGGAAGACGUUACAUUUAGACUACCGGUAUAGACGUCAUUCUUACAAUACUAUCGAGAAUUCAAUACUCGGAAAAUGUCUCCUUAUGACGUUGAGCGAUGAGGAACUUCCUGUAAGGGAUAAAGUGAAAGAGAGACGAUUAUGUCAGGAGUAUACAAUGCCAUCUCGUCGUUGGACGGGCUGUCCAUGCUAAGCCAUCUAAUUUCGAAAGUUGACGUAGAUUCUGAGUUUUCGGGGUGGUGGGAUUGCUUGGCGUGAACCCCAGUUGGACAACGGCAUUAUAGUAGUGAACCUGGGGCUUACUUGGUAAAUUUACUUCGGUAUAUACGAAGUACUGUACUGUACCUAAGUAGGUAACUACUGUACAAGUACGGAGCAAUUAAAUCGAAAAUGCUUGCUGGAUUCCAGAUUUAGAUUCUAGACGGCUUUUCC